AGGGAGCAUCAUCAUCCGGGAGCUGCCGCCUGGCCGCCAUGGACGCCUUGUACAGCAGCGGAGUUCUGUUUGCCGAGAUGCUGCAGGCCGGGCCGCCCUGGCUGGAGCGGUUCUGGCUUUCGGUGACCUUCCUGGCCGAUCCCAAAUGUAUCUUCAUCAUCUUUUUCCCCCUGGCUUAUUUUCUGGACCGGAAGGUUGGGCUGGCAGUGCUGUGGAUCGGUUUAGUCUCUGAGUGGCUCAAUAUAGUGGCUAAAUGGCUCUUGUUUGGUGAACGGCCAUUCUGGUGGGUCUAUGAAUCUGGACUCUCCAGCAAGGAAGAAGUCCUGCUUCGCCAGUUCCCUGUCUCCUGUGAAACAGGGCCAGGUAGCCCCUCCGGCCAUUGCAUGAUCACAGGGGCAGCCUUGUGGCCUAUCGUCACUGCUCUCACGGCAUUGGCAUCCCGCCACUCCACUAGCCGGCUGGUGAAGCUAACCCCCUUCAUGGUGUACUUUCUCCUCCUGCUGGCUGUGGGCCUCUCGCGCAUCUUCAUCCUGGCACACUUCCCCCACCAGGUGCUGGGUGGCAUUGUGGCUGGAGCCGCCCUGGGCUGGAUGCUGGAGGCCUGCGUCCCAGCAGAGAGGAAGCUGAGUUUCUACCUUGCCACUUCGCUGGCCCUGCUGCUGAGCGCCACUGGGCUGCACUGGAGCAUGGUCGCUCUUGGCGUGGACAUCGACUGGUCGAUUCACCUGGCCACUAAGUGGUGCUUGAACCCGGAGUGGAUCCGCGUAGACACGAGGCCCUUCGCGUCUCUGUGCCGAGACACAGCCUCUGCCGCGGGCCUGGGGCUGGCCACCCACUCCUCCCUCUACACCCAGCUGAGGGACGAGAGACCCGGCUGGAAGCAGCGAGCCGUGGGCGCUGGCCUGGCCCUCGCCGCCCUUCAGGGCCUGAACGACGUGGGGCAGCCGGAGAACAUCGUCCUGUGGUACGGCCUGAACUUUCUGAAAUACGCCAGCUUCCCGUGGGUGGUGGUGGCGCUUGUUCCAUGGCUGGUGCGGUCGCUCCCUCUCACGCAGACCCGGCCACACUCCGAGUAGCACGUCCAGUGCAUCAGUGAGCCAGACAGAUGGCGGGUCACUCACCCUAGGGGGCAUGGCUGGAACUACCCGCAUACACGUAAACUAAACCUCCCGGCAAGUAGCAGCAUCCAUCCUCCCAGCUUCCAACAUCACUAGUUGCAACACAGGCCAAAUUCUGUUCUCCCGUCUGCUGGUCCAGCCCCCUGCGCGUCAGUGCGGCUGUGCGUGAGAGCAGCUGGCUCUGGGCUAGAGGAGGAUUGCAUUGGCUAGAACGCCUUGCUGGAAAGCAGUUACUUAGCCCUGCGUUGGCUAACGCAGGUUCUCCUCUGGCUUAGACAGGGGGCCUCACACUAGAAGGAUCCAAAUAAACCAGUGGCUUGCGUCUGUCCCCUUGAGCAUUAGCACCAAGGAGAUUUAUCUGUGCUGGGAACAAGGGCUCUUGGGUAAGCUCCGGACACAAGGCAGUGUGUUGCAAGGUGGACUGUUUGGAGGACCAGCUGGACCCCUGUAGCUCCAACAUUGGUAGCUUCCGGUCCGGACUGCAGAAAAACUGUUCUGCCUGGUACUGAAGACCGUGUCCUGGGCAUCACACCAUCCCAAUGCUUGGGACAGUUGUGUGUGGAUGCAGUGGGUGCAUCUGCACUAGAAAAUGUGGUACUCUAUUCUCCAGCUGCACUGCUACUACUAUAGGCUCAUAGAAAUGUGGGUCUGGAAGGGACCUCAAGAGGUCAUCUAGUCCAGUAUUUCUCAGCCUUUUUGAUACCAGGGACCAUUUUGCUGCCUUCCUAAAGGCAGAGAGCUCGCAGGGACUGGCACCAGUCCAUGGACCGGGCAUUGAGAAACACUGAUUCUAGUCCAGCCACCUGUGCUCAGAGAGGACCAAGCACAUCUAGACCAUCUCUGACAGGCAUUUGUCCAACCUGUUCUUAAAAACCUCCAGUGAUGGGGGCUCCACAACCUGCCUUGGAAGCCUGUUCCAGAGCUUCACUACCCUGAGAGUUCGAAAGCUUUUCCUAAUAUCUAACGAUCUCCCUGGCUGCAGAUCAAGCCCAUCGCUUCUUGUCCUACCUUCAGUGGACAUGGAGAACGAUGGAUUCCCAUCCUCUUUGUAACAGGCCUUAACCUAUUUGCAGACUGUUAUCAGGUCCCCCUCAGUCUUCUUUUCUCAAGACUAAACUUGCCCAGGUUUUUUUUUUUACCCUUUCCUCACAGGUCAGGUUUUCUAACCUUUGAGCAUUUUUGUUGCUCUCCUCUGGAUUCUGACCGGUUUAACCACAUCUUUCUUAAAGCGUGGCCCCCAAAACGGGACGCAGUGCUCCAGCUGAGACCUCGGCAGCGCUGAGUAGAGCAGGACAGUUACCUCCCGUGUCUUACAUACGACUCUCCUGUUCCUACAGCCCAGAAUAUAGUCGCCUUUUUCACAACUUCAGCAGAUUGUUGCUUCAUAUUCAAUUUGUGAUUCACUACAGAUCCCAGCUGCUUUUCAGCAGUACGACCACCUAGCCAGCUACUCCCCAUUUUGUACUUGUGCAUUGGCUUUUUUCCGUCCUAAGUGAAGUACUUUGCACUUGUCUUUAUUGAAUUUCAGCUUGUUGAGUUCAGAUCAAGGUCACUG